AACAGCAUUUAUUACAUAGGAUCCAAUGCUGUUCGACAAACAGGAAAUGAAUGGCAUGACUAUCAGUUCGGAAACAGUUGCCUAACAGAAACAUCAUCCGCCACUAAACUAACCUACAAUACAUCUUAACCACAUUGACUACAAGAACAUACAAUAACCACUUAUCUUAUUAAACACAAAAGGACCGUAAAUUGUUCCAAUAUUGUCUCCUAUAAUGAACAAAAGUACAACAGUUUCAAAACUUUGAGCAAUCAUAAUCUUCCCAGGGAAAAAGAGAAAGAAAAACUCUGAAUAUCAAAUGGAAAGCGAAUUAUUGAUUAACAUCCCGGAAGUGCUCCUUACCUGUAGUGGCAGGAGAAUGCCAUUACUCGGCAUGGGAACAUCAACUUCUCCUUUAGUCGGAUCAGAUGAGAUUAAAGCUGCAAUUCUUCAAGCCAUUGAGCUUGGUUAUAGACAUUUUGAUACAGCUACACUCUACCUAACGGAGGAACCGCUUGGUCAAGCCAUUGAAGAAGCCAUUUCUCGUGGUUUAGUUAAAUCAAGAGAGGAGCUCUUUAUCACCUCCAAGCUAUGGUGCAGCGAUGCUCAUAGCGAUCUUGUUCUCCCUGCACUUCAGAAGUCUCUCCAUGCUCUUCAGUUGGAGUACAUUGAUCUUUAUCUGAUUCAUUGGCCUAUGAGUUCAAGACCAGGAAUUUAUGAGUUUCCAAUCAAGAAAGAAGACCUUUUACCGAUGGAUUUUAAAGGUGUUUGGGCAGCUAUGGAAGAGUGCAAGAAACUUGGACUAACCAAAUCCAUUGGUGUCUGCAAUUUCUCCUGUAAAAAGCUAUCAGAUAUUCUUGCCAUUGCAGAGAUACCUCCUGCGAUUAAUCAAGUAGAGAUAAACCCAAUAUGGCAACAAAAGAAGCAAAUGGAGUUCUGCAAAGCCAAUGGAAUCAUCUUGACAGCUUAUGCUCCUCUAGGAGGAUCUUUCAACAGGGUUAUGGAGAAUGAAGUGCUCAAAGAGAUUGCAAAUGCCAAAGGAAAAAGUGUUGCUCAGAUCUGCCUCAGGUGGGCCUAUGAACAGGGAGUUUGUGUGUUGGUGAAGAGUUUCAAUAGGGAGAGGAUGAAAGAGAACCUUGACAUAUUUAACUGGACACUAACUGAGGAAGAAUCCAAGCGGAUUACUGAGAUUCCUCAGCGUAGGGGAUCUAGUGGAGAAGACUACAUCUCAGAUACAGGCCCUUUCAAGACACUUGAGGAGCUUUGGGAUGGAGAAAUUUGAUUGUGAUCAUAUAGCCCCAAAAGAAAAACAGAAAAAAAAAAAAAGCAGAAAAA